AUGGCGGAUGUGAUAUUGCACAUAUACGAUGUGACCAACAGUGGAUCGGAGAAGACGAACAACACAAUCAUGCAGAUCAAUAAGAUCUUCAAGGACGGUAUUGGCAUCGACGGCUUCUUUCACAGUGUUGUUCAGGUGUAUGGAGAAGAUGAAUGGUCAUUUGGCUUUUGUGAACAUGGAACGAGAGUUUUUAGUUGCCCGUCGGGAAAGAACCCAAUGUAUACUUACCGUGAAAGCAUUAUACUUGGAAGAACCAACUUCUCAAAUCUAUAA